AUUAUCAGAAAAAUCAAUACACGUCUUAGAGAGGCAGAGAAAUAAUGGGAGAGAGACAGGGAGAGAAGAAGAUGGAGCAGAGUCUCCACGAGGCAGCCAUUCAAGGGAAAACGGCCUCACUGAAGGAUAUACUUGCCAAAGAUCCGCUGAUUCUUCAACGAGUAAUGGUGGGUUGUUUCGUCCACACUCCUCUCCACGUGGCCGCGUCCAGGGGGCACCUGGAAUUUGUCCGGGAGCUGUUGGAUAACAACAAGGCACUCGCCCGAGUGUUGGACGAGCGGCGGUGGUCGGCCCUCCACCUGGCGGCCGACAACGGAUACCACAAGAUUGUGGAAGUUUUAGUGGAAGCUAACGCCAACAUGUGCUUGACUCUGGACGGCGACGGCAGAAAUCCUCUGCACCUGGCGGCCAUGGAGGGGCACGUCACCGUAUUGCGUGUGUUCUUUGAUAACAAUCCCCAUUGGAUUCAUGAGUUGCUCAAAGGUAUAGAUGGCGGCGGCAACACCAUCCUUCAUCUGGCUGUCAAGAACAAGAAAUUUGAGAUCGUGAAAUUGUUGCUUAAUGUAGUAAAAGAUCAAUUAAAAGCUAAGAACAUGCAAAAGACAGAAAGCCCUUUAAACACGAUAAAUAAAUGCGGGUACACAGCUUUGGACAUUCUGGAGGAAAUCAAAUUUGAAGUACGAGAUUUUGAAAAUGUCAAGGAAUUGUUUCGAGAAGCUAAUGCGUUGAAAGCCAAAGAAGUCAAUCAGGUUGAGUGGUUGUCCAAGAAGCAGAAUGCGUUGAUGGUGGUGGCGUCGCUUAUCGCAACCAUGGCUUUCCAAGCCGGAGUGAGCCCUCCUGGUGGUGUCUGGCAAGACAAUUCACCCAACAAUUCAAUAAACGGCCAUAGAGCUGGAGAAGCUGUGAUGGCUUAUAACUAUCCAGAUUCAUAUCCACUGUUCCUUCAUGCCAACACAAUAGGAUUUGUGGCAUCAAUAAGCACAAUUCUAUUUCUAGUGACCGGAUUGCCCUUCAAGAAAAAGUUGUUUAUGUGGAUCAUGGUGCUGAUUAUGUGGCUCACAGUUACAUCCAUGGCAUUUACAUACGCAUUUUCAAUCACCGUGAUCACCCCGAAAAAGGAUAGGGGACCUCUCAGCGAUGCCAUUUCUAUUGGGGUGGUUGUUUGGUGCGGUGUGAUGGCUCUUCUUCUGGUAGCUCAUUCAAUUCGCUUGUUGAACCGCUGGUUGAAAAUCAGCCACCAAAUAGACGUACUGCCAUGGAUGAAGAAGUUCUCAAACUCAAUUCACCACCAACCAGCUAGAAAUGAUUUGGAUUCAGCUUCAACUAAUGGGAAUGCGCACCCUUUUCGAUCUGUAGCUUUAUCGGUGAAUUCAAAUUAGUGUAGAGAAGGUUAUAUCUUCGAUAGAAUAAGCAAAGUUCCCCUACAAUGUGUUGUUUUGUUGUCUAGUUGUAAUGCUUGGAAACUGAAAUUUUGUUUCUUUUUAGGUGUCAAAUCACAUAUUAAUGUUGUUCUACGCUUCCA